CCAAAACAGCACUCUUUCAAAUAUCUGCCGAUACAUUGCAUGGGCAGAAAAGAGAUGCUGUCCUGAAACACUCUGUACAAUUCACCAUGAGCGCUAGAGCUCUCCUCUACUACUCUUCCGCUCCCCUUUUUCGGCCCCGAAAGACCGACAUCUCUGUCCCCAAGAAAAGUUUCGGCCAGAUAAUUCCCGAUUUGAAGCCGAGAGAAUCUUUCAACUUUCGGGUGGUUCGGCUUCAACCUGAAGGGGGCUCGUGCAGUGGCCUUUUCCGAGUUUCUGCGCACAAGUCUAGUAGGAGUAGGAGUGAGUUUGUGAAAGUACAUGCGGAUGUUAAAUCAGAGCGUUAUAAGAUAUCGGAGUCUGUACCGGAGUCUGUGAAGUUUGAGGAUUCUUUGAGUGGGAAUGAUUCGGAGAGUUCUUUGCCUUGGUGGGAAGAAUUCCCUAAACGAUGGGUUAUUGUGAUCUUGUGUUUCUCUGCGUUUCUUCUCUGCAAUAUGGAUAGAGUAAACAUGAGUAUUGCCAUACUUCCCAUGUCCGCUGAGUACAACUGGAACCCAGCAACAGUUGGCUUGAUUCAGUCUUCUUUUUUCUGGGGAUACCUCCUCACCCAGAUUGCUGGUGGAAUCUGGGCAGACACAGUGGGAGGGAAGCUAGUUCUGGGAUUUGGCGUAGUUUGGUGGUCUAUUGCAACAGCUCUAACCCCUGUUGCUGCAAAAUUUGGCUUGCCUUUCCUACUUGUUGUUCGUGUCUUUAUGGGGAUUGGUGAAGGUGUUGCUAUGCCUGCCAUGACUAAUAUUCUGUCUAAAUGGGUUCCUGUAUCUGAGAGGAGUAGAUCAUUAGCAUUGGUGUACAGUGGCAUGUACCUUGGAUCAGUCACUGGCCUUGCUUUCUCACCAUUUUUAAUUCAUCAAUUUGGAUGGCCAUCAGUCUUUUACUCCUUUGGUUCUCUUGGCACAAUUUGGUUUGCUGUAUGGCUAAAUAAGGCAUAUAGUUCGCCUCUUGAUGAUCCACAGCUCCGGCCAGAAGAAAAGCAACUAAUUAUUGCAAACAGUGCUUGCAAGGAACCUGUCAAAGUAAUACCUUGGGGACUAAUCUUGUCGAAGCCACCUGUAUGGGCUCUAAUAGUGUCUCACUUCUGUCAUAAUUGGGGCACUUUUAUUCUUCUAACAUGGAUGCCCACAUAUUAUAACCAAGUCCUGAAGUUCGAUCUUACAGAAUCUGGACUUGUCUGUGUUUUGCCCUGGCUUACCAUGGCAUUUUCUGCAAAUCUUGGAGGGUGGAUAGCUGAUACACUUGUGAGCAAAGGCUACUCUGUGACAACUGUUCGUAAGAUCAUGCAAACAAUUGGAUUUCUUGGCCCUGCAUUUUUCCUAACUCAGUUGAGCCAUAUUAAUUCUCCUGCAAUGGCUGUAUUGUGCAUGACGUGUAGCCAGGGAACUGAUGCAUUCUCUCAGUCUGGACUGUACUCAAAUCAUCAAGAUAUUGCUCCUAGAUAUUCAGGAGUGCUGCUUGGUCUAUCCAAUACUGCUGGAGUGCUAGCAGGGGUAUUUGGAACAGCUGCUACUGGUUACAUCUUGCAACAUGGUUCUUGGGAUGAUGUUUUCAAGGUUUCAGUAGGGCUCUACUUGGUUGGAACCGUAGUGUGGAACCUGUUUUCAACUGGUGAGAAGAUAGUAGAUUAACUUUCGUGUAGGUUUUAUUUUUCAUACAGACAGCGCAGCUCAAGCAACCAGCGUUCCCUUUCCACAAGCCAACAGCAGAAGAGCUCGGAAGAUUGAUAUAUAUGAAAGAAAUUGAAAAUGAAAAUUAACGAAGAUACAAUUGGAGGGAUAAAAGACAGGUUCGUUCAAAUUCCUGAGCUUGAAAAAUUGGCAAAUUUUCUGCAAUGCCCAUUAAUCAUUGAGCUCAUAAUUAUUGAAUCCCCAUAUGCAAGUAGUGCAUCCUGAAAUAGCUGCAUACAUUUCAAUCAAGGAAGAACACAUUUGUAAAGUAUCUCUACUGCUUGUAAAUCCUGUAAUCAGUACUAACAAGUCAAUAUUAUGAUUUUUCUGAUA